AUGUUUUCACUCUCUGUCUGGUGCCGAAUUUUUUGCCACUGCCGAACAGACCUAUCCACACUUCGAGCCUGUUCAACUCUGUCCAAGACAAUCCAUCCUUUGCCUAUGCAGUUACUUUACCAUGACCUGACGAUCGACUUGGACGAAGAGCCUGACACCAUUCUGGAAGAACGACUACGAAACAGACGUCACACUCUACGCUUUCACCGCAUUAUAACUUGGAUUGAUCAUGACGACGACAGUACAGUUCUUACCAUACCCGACAUCUUAGUGCUGCUUAGCCACACACCCCGGUGUACCUCCUUGCAGUUCAUCAGCUGUUGCAUCAUGGACAACGAUCUCCGUCCGCAUGACCUUCCCGUCACCCUGAUGGCUCAUCUUACAGAGCUUCAUAUCGCAGACGUGACAUGGUCUGAUCCUACACUUGAACUCGCUAGACUUGCCCAUUUGUGCCCAACUCUGAAACGAAUCACCGUGUUCUGUAUAACUUGGGGUUCUGGACUGUCAGCAAGAGGAGCCAAGAUCUUACCCUCCAACGUAGAAGAGAUACAAAUUGCGCCUCUCGAUGAAGAACAGGUGUGGAGGAUCAUUCCUCUACUGAAAGGAUGUCGAAGCUCCUUGAUACGACUUCACAUCUCGGUAGCUGGAUCAGGUUAUCGUAAACCGCUACUCAUCUGCUUUUGUAUGAUGCUAAGUAGACAGCUCCUUACAGAUCCAAAUGCCGCACACUGGGUUCAAGAACUUGCUGUUUUGAAGACAUGCUCGCGACUUGAAACCUUUUCUUGGGCAGUGAGACUCGACGACUCCACACCAGACGCAGUGUGUGCUCGCUCGGAUACUUGGGAACUUCUCCUCCUCUGUAUCCCUAGAUGUAUCAAAAAAAUCUUCGCAUAUAUCGACUAUCGCACCAGUUCUAUACUACAGGUCGGACACGACAGCGGUUUUACAACCAACAUCCACUGGAGCUGGAUUGACACCCUCGUAACUCAGUACUCGCACCUACAAACCUUUCACGUUUACCUGGCUUUACCAGACUCCGGACCUUUACAUGACCAGCUGGUAGCUUUCCGCGAACUGAUUACACACGCGUUGCCGUUGACUACUUCUGCAGGUGAGUCGCGCUCUCCAUUCACCUGA